AUUUGUGGCAAAUAUAUGAACGCUAUUUACGUCAUAACCACUCGUAUUAAACAUUGACUUCUUUGCGACAAAAAUUAAUUUCAAAACAAAUUUCAUUACAUUUUAAAAAACGUUUGUUUUUUGAAUUGAAAAACGCAUUGAAAUGGAGAUCACGUUUGAGACGAAUGACAAGGUUUUGCUGCUCUCGACCGACGGCUCGGCCUUUGGACAGACAGUUGUCGACACAAUCGGCGCUAAAGUCAACAAAAAUAAUCUAUUCAUUAAAGACAUCAAUAAUUUGUCGGCGAGUGAUAAGGACUUUGACGUCAUCUUGAGUUCUGUUCAACAAAUAGAGGACAAAAUUUUGGUCCAAUUG